AUGAACCACGCAACGAGGCGCGCCGUGAGGCAGCUCCUCAGAAAACAUCCCAACCAGACCCUCUGCCUCAAAUCGCAACGAUGGUCCUCAACUACAUCCACAACUUCCACAUCGACCUCUGAAACAAGAAAAUGGUCGACACCACUAGCGCAGACUCUUGCCAAUGCGAUCAAAGUAACCGGACCCGUUCCUAUCGCCGCCUUUAUGCGCCAGGUCCUCACAAACCCCGAAGGAGGCUACUACACAACGCGACCAGAAGGCCACGGCGAAGUGUUCGGCAAGAAAGGAGAUUUCGUCACCUCACCCGAGAUAUCGCAGGUCUUCGGAGAACUGGUGGGGAUCUGGACAAUCGCGGAAUGGAUGGCGCAGGGACGGAAGCGCAGCGGAGUGCAAUUGAUGGAAGUUGGACCGGGGAAGGGCACAUUAAUGGAUGACAUGUUGCGUACAUUCCGGAACUUCAAGAUGUUCUCGUCGAGCAUAGAGGCGAUAUAUCUGGUGGAAGCUAGUGCCACGCUGCGGGAAGUGCAGAAGAAAUUGCUUUGCGGGGAUGCAGUCAUGGAGGAAACGGAUAUCGGACACAAGAGUACAUGCAAGUACUUUGAUGUUCCGAUCGUUUGGGUGGAGGAUAUCCGACUGUUACCGCAUGAAGAAGAAAAGACCCCCUUCAUAUUCGCCCACGAAUUCUUCGAUGCCCUCCCAAUCCACGCCUUUGAAUCCAUCCCUCCCUCUCCAGAAAACCAGCCUGAGCAGAAGGAAAUCAUGACUCCCACCGGCCCAGCAAAACUACACCAGCCCUUGAAGCCAGCCAACACUCCCCAAUGGCGCGAACUCUUGGUCACCUUGAACCCGAAAGCCGUGGAGGAGAACAUUGAAGGCGAGCCCGAGUUCAAGCUCACCCUCGCCAAGGCAUCGACGCCAUCCUCUCUCGUCAUCCCGGAGAUCUCCCCGCGCUACCGCGCCCUCAAAUCCCAGCCGGGAUCCACCAUCGAAGUCAGCCCGGAGAGUCGUAUCUACGCAGCUGACUUUGCGCGCCGCAUCGGCGGUGCCUCAGAACCACCCCGCACGGUCACAAAGGGCGCUGCUGCUUCUGCGCCGGCCCCCGCGAAGCGCACAUCUUCCGGUGCUGCCCUGAUCAUGGACUACGGCACUCUCAAUACCAUCCCGAUCAACUCCCUGCGGGGUAUCCAGGAGCACAAGAAUGUGCCGCCGCUGUCGUCGCCAGGACAGGUUGAUGUCAGUGCAGAUGUGGAUUUCACGGCGUUGGCGGAGGCGGCGAUCGAGGCUAGUGAGGGCGUGGAGGUGCAUGGGCCGGUCGAGCAGGGUGAUUUCCUGCAGGCGAUGGGCAUCGAAGAGCGCAUGCAGCAGCUUCUGAAGAAGGUCGAUGAUGAAGAGAAGCGCAAGACACUGGAGACAGGGUGGAAGAGACUGGUUGAGAAGGGCGGCGGUAGUAUGGGCAAGAUCUACAAGGUGAUGGCCAUCGUUCCGGAGAAUGAUGGCAAGCGUCGACCGAUUGGAUUCGGCGGUGGACUUGUGAUGUAG